AUGGACAAUAUCCACAACGUCACUGAAUUUAUUCUGUUGGGACUUUCUCAGAAUAAGAAAAUUAAAAAUCUAUGUUUUCUGUUAUUUUUAUUUUGUUACCUAGCUAUUUGGUUGGGAAACUUGCUCAUAAUCAUUUCCAUCAUUGCUAGUCAGCUAAUAGACCAACCCAUGUAUUACUUUCUGAAUUACCUUGCUCUCUCAGACCUGUGUUAUACCUCAACAGUAACACCCAAGCUAGUAAUUGACUUACUGGAAGAAAGGAAUACAAUUUCCUAUACUAACUGCAUAGCACAGCUUUUUACCAUGCACUUUUUUGGGGGCAUUGAGGUCUUCAUCCUCACAGUGAUGGCCUAUGACCGCUAUGUGGCCAUCUGCAAGCCCCUGCAUUAUACCAUCAUCAUGAACAGGAGGAAGUGCAAUGUCAUGGUCUUUGCUUGCUGUGCUGGGGCUUUUCUCCAUUCAUUUCUCCAGUGUCUCCUCACUAUCAGUCUACCUUUCUGUGGUCCCAAUGAGAUAGAUCACUACUUCUGUGAUGUGUAUCCUUUACUGAAACUGGCCUGCACUGACACGUACAGAACUGGGAUCCUGGUUGUUGCCAAUUCAGGCAUGAUGGGUUUGGUGACUUUUGUGGUCUUGAUGCUGUCCUACUUUCUAAUAUUAUACACCAUUCGGGCUUACCCUCCCAAGAGCCGCAGCAAAGCUCUUUCCACUUGCAGUUCUCACAUUACAGUUGUGGUUCUAUUCUUUGUGCCUGUCCUUUUCAUUUACAUUAGACCAGCCACCACUUUCCCAGAAGACAAAGUGUUUGCUCUUUUCUACACCAUUAUUGCCCCCAUGUUUAAUCCUCUGAUCUACACACUGAGAAACACAGAGAUGAAGAACGCCUUGAGGAAAGUGUGGUGUCAGAAUGCAUUUUUGUUGGGACGGCCAUUGGUCUAA